CCGCCGCCCCGCGCCCCGCCGUCGGGUGGCGGCCGGCCGGGCCUGGCCGGGGCCGUCGUGGUGCUGCUGGCGGCCGUCGUCGCGCUCGCCCCGGGCGGCCGGGCGGAGCAGGGUAUCAGGCAACAGCGUAUCUACAUUGCUUCUUCAUCAGAAUCUUUUCCUAACUGGAGAUCUAUACUAUCACCAACACAGCCUUCCACAGAAACUAAGACUUCCUCAGUAGCUGAUAUUUCUAUGGGACAGACUUUGGAGAACGCAAACUUGCUUCAGAUGAUAAAAACAACACUGACGGGCACACGUACCAGAACUUUGGACCAAACUAACCUGUCACCCACCCUUUAUCAAGGCAGUGGAAAUAGUGCAUCCCAGGAACCCGCUGAAGUUUCUGCCGAGUCAUCUCUGAGGUCAUCAUCGCAAGAUGCAGAUGAAACAGCUGGUGAAUCAGUGUUAUCUGGAGUGUCUUCUGGUGCACUACCUACAGUAGGAACUUCAGAAGCAAAACCACUAACAAGAAAAUCAUCUCCAGCUUCACCAGUGCCAGCUUCUUCCUUCUUUUCGCUAGGCACUGAAAACACACCUUUGCCGUCUGUGAUGGCUUUAAACACUCCAGUACUGACACUAACAAAAAAUAACACUGUCACAAAAUUGACCUCAGUUCUAAGCUCGGUAGGAACACAUGCAGAUCUUCCUUUUGCAACAAGAAACACAGCCGCAUCACCUGUGGACAUGACAGCUCUGUUUAUAACCCCUAAAAGUAGCACUGCCAUGGCUUCCACGCUCGCACCCACAGCACAUGUACCAAGACAGAUAAAAACAGCAGCCACUGACAGCCAGAAAUUCCCAAGCUCAGAAAUCACCAAAACGUCAACCCCAUAUCCACUGACAAUUACAGCAGCUUUGACAUCUAUUACAGCAUCAGCGAAAACAACUAGGCUUCCCCCUUCUCGAAUGGAAAACACUUCUGCUCCUGCAGAAACAACAGCAGCAGUGGCUUUCGCUAACAUGACAGCAGCUCCUCCCCUGGAUUGCCGCCUCUCCUGGAACCUUAUGGUUAAAACAGUUCUGUUUCUGAACACAAGGAGGAUGAUGAUCAGCAGAUCCUUCAAGGAGGGCGUGACAAAAGGACUCAACCAAGUGCUGAGACAAGCUUUCAACCAAAAUGUCAGCGCUCAGGUUGAAAUCCUGGAGCAAUCGAAUAAUGUCACAGUUGGUUACUAUGUUACGCGGGGGAGACUGGUUUUUAUACCAGCUGCUGUAAUUGAAAGGCUUAUUGCCUACGGGAUCAGCAACGCCACGGCAGACAUAAAGCAGCACGUGCUGCAUCUUCAGUCCAUUGCAACCCUGGCCGCGCCAUGGAAGCCACUCCCUGCGUACCACUUCCAGCUGAAGACAGAGCUGCAGUUUGUGGGUCAAACAGACAAUAUACAGUCAUGCAAAUUUGUUCAGACAAUGGAGCAACGGCUACAGAGAGCAUUUCAGGAUGCUGAAAGAAAGGUUUGGAACACCAGCAACAACCUAACAGUUCAGAUUUUGAAUACCUCCAAUGUCUCCCAAGCUGUCACUCUGUUUUAUGUGGUGAGCAAUCAAAGCACAACUUUAAACGGCACCAUUUCCAGCAACCUUCUUAAUCAGCUGUCAGCUGAGCUAGUGGGUUUCUAUCUAACCUACCCACCUCUCACCAUUGCAGAAUCUUUGGAGUACCCAAACCUUGAUGUCUCAGAGUCAACUAGAGACUACUGGGUGAUCACAGUUAUACAAGGGGUUGAUAUUGCAUUGUUGGGACUGAACAAUCAGAGCUUUGCAAGACUAAUGGAGCAGCGCUUGGCCCCACUGUUCAUGAUGUCCCAUCAGCAAGGAAGACGAUUUAAACGUGCCACUACUGUGGGCAGCUACACUGUGCAGAUGGUUAAAAUCCAACGAAUUCCAGGACCCAAGGAGCCAGCUGAACUGACGUACUAUACUUUAUAUAAUGGCAAACCUUUGCUGGGCACUGCAGCUGCCAAAAUUUUGAGUACUGUUGACUCCCAGCGGAUGGCCUUGACAUUAGGUUAUGUGAUUCAAGUUCAAGCUGAUCCUGUGGUGAAGAACCCACCAAACAACCUGUGGAUCAUUGCAGCAGUGCUGGCUCCCAUUGCUGUGGUUACGGUUAUCAUCAUUAUCAUUACGGCAGUUCUGUGCAGAAAAAACAAGAAUGACUUCAAACCGGACACCAUGAUGAACCUGCCUCAAAGAGCUAAACCAGUACAAGGCUUCGAUUACGCCAAACAACACUUAGGUCAGCAGGGAGCUGAAGAUGAAGUUUUGCCUGUAACUCAGGAGACUGUCGUACUUCCACUUGCAGUGAGAGAUGCUCCUGCCUCCCAGGAGAGAGAAAUUACUCAGGAUGGGAGCACCAUUAAAACUGCCCAAUCCAAUGAAACAAGGAAAAGCCGGUCCCCGAGUCAGAACGGCUCCAUCAUCAGCAACGAGUCGGGAAAGCCCAGCUCCAGCCGGAGCUCCCCGCAGAAAGUAAUGGCACCACAAAAAGUGACAAAAGACGAAGGAAGGAAGAGAAAUGGUUUUAAAUCUUCAAAGAAAAUUGUUCCUAUCAGCGAUGAAGAGGAAGGAGGCAUUCUCUUUGAUAACAUUGCCAAAUCUGCCAUUGACCCCUUUGACACCUCUUCUGGAUCAGUACAGCUGAUAGCUAUCAAACCCGUGGCACUACCUGCUGUUCAUGCUGCGUCAGAUAGGAGCCAGGAAUCUGCCAUCAUUAAUGGAGAGGUGAACAAGGCUUUGAAGCAGAAGUCCGAUAUAGAACAUUACCGCAACAAGCUGCGCUUGAAAGCCAAGAGGAAGGGGUACUAUGAUUUCCCGCAGGUUGAUAACAACAAGGGGCUGACAGACAGAAAGAGGAUGUAUGAAAAAAAGCAGAAAGAAAUCGACCACAUUUUGGAUCCAGAUCCAGAUGUAUCAUCUCCGUUUGCUGAGCCUAAGAACAGGCAACAGAUGAAGAACUCUGUAUACAGAAGCAGGCAGUCUUUGAACAGUCCUAGCCCAGGAGAAACUGAGAUGGAUCUUCUAGUGACUCGAGAAAGACCUAGGCGUGGAAUCCGUAACAGUGGAUAUGAUACUGAGCCCGAAAUUAUAGAAGAAACAAAUGUUGACCGUGUCAAUGAGCCUCGGAGCUACACCAGGUCCCGUCAGGCCAAAGGUCAUUCAGAGACCUCAACUUUAAGUUCUCAGCCCUCCAUUGAUGAGGUUCGACAACAGAUGCAUAUGCUCUUGGAAGAGGCUUUCAGCCUGGCCUCUGCGGGCCACGGAGGACAGAGCAGGCAGGAGGCCUACAGCUCAGCACCACACUUGCCCUACUCAGAGGUGGUGACCAGCGCUCCUGGUACCAUGACCCGACCUAGAGGGGGUGUACAGUGGGUACCCACAUACAGACCAGAAAUGUAUCAGUACAGUCUACCAAGACCAGCUUAUAGAUUUUCUCAGCUUCCUGAGAUGGUAAUGGGAUCUCCUCCUCCUCCUGUCCCUCCCAGAACCGGUCCUGUGGCUGUUGCCUCUCUCAGGAGGUCUACAUCAGAUAUUGGCAGCAAAGUGAGAAUACCUGAGUCCAGUGGGGUGGAUCAGGCCCAGCAUCAUGAGCAGGCAUCUUUUGCACCUGGUUCAAGAGCUCCAAUGUCUGUUGGCCCACUUGAUCAAUCAGCUUUUCACUCAGGAAAUACAGUACCAGCAGUGUUUGCCAUACCAGCAGCAAACCGACCUGGCUUCACAGGCUAUUUUAUCCCAACGCCACCCACUGCAUAUAGGAAUCAAGCCUGGAUGCCCUAUGCUGGAGAGAAUGAAUUACCGGGACAGUGGGCAGACUCAGUUCCACUGCCAGGCUACAUUGAAGCUUACCCAAGGCCCCGCUACCAGCACAAUUCUCCUUCACGACUGCCUCGCCAAUACAGCCAGCCAGCGAGCAUGCAUCCCAGCCUGGAACAAGCUCCUUUGCCGUCUGCCACAGCUUCUCAGCAGAGCCUGACAGAAAACGACCCAUCCGAUGCUCCUCUCACCAACAUUUCUACAGCUGCCCUUGUAAAGGCAAUAAGAGAAGAAGUUGCUAAACUGGCCAAGAAGCAAACAGAUAUGUUUGAGUUCCAGGUCUAAUAUCUUUUGUGCACAGUAGUUGUAUCAUAUAAUUUGGAAUAGCCAAGAAAGUGAUCCCUUUAAUUUUCACUUACAAACUUGCUGUGAAUUGUGCCAAAGUGAUGGCAUUUUUCUCCAUAUGAAAAGUCAACACUAUGAAAUCACUUAACGUAGAGCAACAGGACUCUGCAGAUAUGCAUUCUGCUUGCCAGCUAAGGAAAUGCUGCCAGGUAACUGUUCCAUACAGAUAAUAUAGACCAUAUGCAAUUGUUAGUCACUUAGCACUGGUACUAUGACCCAUUGUCACUAGAGAUGCUGCUGAACAUGUCUGUGACACAGUGUUUCAUUUGCAGGCCCAAAGGUAGAGCUGCUGAAAAUAACUUCUGCAUGUCAAAACUUUAUUUCUUUGGUUAAAGAAGAAAACACAGUAGAACACAGAAAGCUAAAGGCCAUGGUAGGUGUGGUGGUUGGUGGCCAUGUUAAUUGUUGCGGGACGUUGGACAAGGAAUGUUGAUUUCAUCAACACGGACUCAUUCAGUGUUUUCAUUCUAGAGACUGUAUUUAAACCAAAAGAAUCUGAGAUGAGUGAUACACAUAAAUGUCCUGUAAAUACCCCCAAUUCUCCUCAUCCUAUUAACAGUACAAAGAAGUGAAAGAAGAGAAGACUGAACAAGGUUAAUGAUAUUUUGAUAAUUGGUGGCUACCUUGUCCAUGAAUGCCACUGAUGAGUUAUGUAGGAGAAUUUUCAAUGUGAGACAGCACAAAGCGUGAAGAGCUAACAAAGGAAAUUGGUGCUAGAAGCUUGCAGGAGAAAUAAAAAAAGGUUAUUUGUGUUUGCUCUAUAUUCAGGCUUUUCACUCUCCAUGGAUGUGAAGCUGGUAAACCUGAGACCUUUGAGCAAGUAUUUCCAACUUGGAAUAAUGAAUACACCUGCUUGUACAAGACAACCUCUGUUUAACACAGUACUUUUUUCUCUUUCUUAAACAACGAUAUCUACUGAAGUGCUACAUGAAGCCACAGUGGAUCUUGAAAUGGAACGGUGAAUACACACCUAGAAAGUUCUGAAUGUAGAGGACCUGAUUAUAUAUUAACAUGUAAAUAAGUAAAUGGUUAAAUGGAUUAAUGAAAAUACUAAUGUGCUGUGAAAAAGAGAGCAUUUCCAGAAGUGAUGCUGACUUUAUGUUGUUCAAGAUAAAGGUCACUAAUUGUUAAGCUGCAUUAUUGUAUGAAUCCAAACCCAAAAGAGAAUCAAACCAGUUGAAUGGGACACUAGUUUGUCUUUUGCAGUUGUACAGAAUAGUUGGAGAUCAUGAACAAUUGUUUUCAGUUCCUUUGGCAGUUAGCUUUGGGAACUGAAGUUGUUGCAAAAUAUGUUGUGUUGGGCAUGUUUGAUGUCAACUGGAGUUAAAGGUAACGUCCUUCAUUUCAGUAAGCUAUCCUCAAUUACGUAUGCUAUUUUGUCUGUUCAUUUCCUUUUCUUGAGUUUCUUUGGUCUUUAUUGGGAUGAGAAAGGGAACUUGGUUUAGCUUUUUGGCCAUCAGUAAAAUGAGAGGAGGAAAGAGGAGACUAGAAUAGGGGAAAGAAGAAGAAAUUGAUGAAGCACAAACUUUUAAAACAGAGCUAUUUUUUCCCCCAAAUAAUUAUAUCAUAAACCCUGAGAUUGUGAUAUGUAGUUAUCCUAGAAUAUACAGAUAUCUUCUGCUCUGAGAUCUUAGAUAUUGCAGAAGCUUUUGGAAUGCUAACUGAUCUUUAAACGAAUGUGAAGUUUCAUUUUUAUUAUUUAAAAAUCAGAUAUAAAUAAAAUGUAUUUUUGUAA